ACACCUAACGCCUAACCUAGUGAAGAGGAGGAGCCGUUUGGACCUUGGCUGAAACCUAAAAAACGACUAAGAUUGGAAACGAAAACCAACAGCCCUUAACAAGAAGCUUCAGCCGCAGAACUAAAAAGGAGACCCGUCUCCAGCCCAACUUGAUCGUAAAAAACUUGCAAAAACCCUAAAACCUAGGGGCAGCUCUCAUCUCUAGCAGAAGAACUCCUCAUCAGCCAUUUUCAAGGCCUAAGCAGCCAUUCCCCAGCCGAAGGACACACACACUUAGAACUCCCAGCUACACACACCUCUCACACCACCUGGAACUCGCCGGAGAUAGCAGCAGCCGGUGCCAUUUCCUUACUGCCGGAAUCCGGCGAGAAUAAACCCAGUCGUUGCUUCUGUUUCUUCCCAUUCACUACAGCUCGCCGGAACACGCACACACAGUAGAGAACACGGACAAAAGUUAAAAUUGGAGGUUGCCGGAGGUUGAGGUGUUCGAGCUUUCCGGUUGAUAUUUACGGUCCGCAUUGCUGUUCGAGAUCUUCUAUUGUUCAUUGUUCCGCUCUAAAAUUUCGGCAGUUUAAAAGGGGAGAACCUUUUUCACAGCAAUAGCGAUAGUGAAAUAUGGCAGAGCCUAAUACAUCUCUUGAGACGAGCGAAAAAAUAAGCAGGCAAGCUCCUCAGUUAGUUACAGUAUUAAAGGAGAUGAAAGAAGGAUUGGAUACAGUGACUUCAAAAGUACAAGCUUUAACUGCAAAGGUGAAAGCGGGUCACUUUCCAACACCAGAAGGAAUAAGUUACCUUGAAACGAAGCAUCUGCUACUUCUGAAUUAUUGCCAAUCACUUGUCUAUUAUCUGCUCCGCAAGGCAAAAGGAUUCUCAAUUGAAGGGCAUCCAGUUAUUCGGAGUCUAGUCGAGAUAAGAUUGUUUUUGGAGAAGAUUCGCCCCAUCGACAAGAAACUACAGUAUCAAAUUCAGAAGCUCACAAGAGAUAGUGACGCUGCUUCUGAGAAGUCAGUUAUAAGUGAGAAGGGAACAGAUACCCAGAAGGAGGACCUGUUGAAGUAUCGUCCAAAUCCUGAUUUGCUUGUUAAUAAAAUACGUGGCAUAGAGGAUGGCAGCAAUGUAUAUCGACCCCCCAAACUUGUACCUGCUCCUAUGGAAGAAGAUAAAAUGUCGAGGCAGGAGAGAAAUAAAUCGAGGAAGGAGACAAUGGACUUGCGAAAGGCUAGACAAAACCCCUUUAUGAUAGAUUUGGUGAAUAAUCUUGAAGGUAGACCCGAAGAGGUAAGAGAAGUUGUUGGAACUGAAAGUAGAGAACUCAGAGAGUACAUGGCUAAAAUGGAAGAACGUGCACGACAAGAAGAGGAGACGUUUGCUCGUGCCCCACUCACAAAGUUGGAAAAAAAGAAAAUGAAACAUCUGAAGAAGUCAAGAAAUGGGUUGCUUGGGCUGACAGAUAGUUUCUAUGACGAGAUAAAAAGUUUGCCUUUAGGGGAUGCUUCUGAACAAUCAGCAAACUUUGAUAACAGCAGCGCUGGAAUCAAACAACAGAAGAAGCGUAAGAGGAGGAAUUGAACGACUGCAAGCUUGAGUACAUCAAUAUCCAAGAAUAUAGAGACUUAGGUAGGAAUGAUCAGAGGUUCCUUGGCUCAUGUAAGAUGUACAACUUCAUCAUGAUGUUAAUUUUUGUGACUUUUAUGGCUUCAAAAUCUGCACCGUAUUUGUUAUUGUUGUCAGCAGUUAAGAUUGAAGUUUCUUGCA